AUGGCUCGCAAAUCAACUCGCAGUCGUGCUACUCCUCGUUCGAGCAAGAUUGCUGAUGAUCCAGCCACUCCCCCAACUUCUCCUGCUGUCUCCAUGCCGGCCACGCCUCGACCCAAGAGAAUUUCCCCGAGGAAACGCGAUGUUCCUCUCGACACUCCAGCUGUUCAGAUGAGUGAUUCAAUUCAUGCUCCUCCCAUCUCCCACCGUUUGUCGUUCGGGACUGCAAUCGAUGGCGAAGUCGACACGUCUAGCUCUUCUCAGACGAACACGGAGUCUGAAGCGCAAACGGCUCUCGCCGAUGGAGUAGUACUGGACUCAACGGCUCCAGUCAAAGUGUCCGCCGAAGCGGUGGCAGAGUUAACUACACAACCUGAAGAUAGCAAGGCCACACCUACGCCAAAAGGGAAACGAAAACGUGCCGUCUCCACUGUCUCUCCCUCGCCUGCAGCAAAUGCCUCGCCUACGCCGCAGGGGAAACGAAAACGCGCCCGCUCCACAGUCUCUCCGUCGCCUCCAGCAAAACCUCUCGUCCGGGGUGCCAAGAAGCCCAUACUGGCAUCUCCCGACGAACUCAGAGCUGCGCGGCAGGCGAACCCAGCAAAACGCAUCCGGCCCAUCACUCGCUUUGACUCGGAUGAUGAAGAGGCCAGUACCGCCCCAAUUGUAGGCCGUGCAGAUUCACCCGUACCCCCUGCUUUCAGGACUUCAUCUGAGGGUACCCCGACACCACCCAUUCCCAAGCUUGAGCUGUCAUUUUUCAACGAUGAGGCUGAAGAAGACAACACCGUAGAGGCAGAGAACUUGACUAAGAUUGCGUGGGGCUCUCGAUCUCCUUCGCCACAGCUGACGACGCCAUCGAAAUCGGAAGCGUCUCGCCGUGGUGAUGUCAAGAAGGUGGAAGAGGAAGCGGAGUCUCUCGUUACACGGGUCAACACUCUUUUGGCGAAGAGCAAGAACAUGAAAGCCAAGGGCUCUCCGAAUCGGAGCGGACGCUGCGACGACCCCAUUCUGCCGGACAGCUCUGACGACGAGGCCACUCCCAAGCAUGGAACGAAUAAUGAUGGCCCUCCCCUCUCUUUCCCUGAGAUCCCCCCCGUCCUUAAUGGUAUCAUUUCGGCGUUGGAAUCAUUGAAAAUCUUGCCACAUUUGAGACAUAGUGAGCUACUACCGAAGUAUACACCCCAAACUUCGGACGACGUGCAAAACCCCGCCGUACUUCAUGUCAUGGGGUGUAUGACUGACGAAUAUGCAGCAGUUGCUAUUUAUGACGCGCUUCACUUCCAAGGACGGGGUGUAUAUGCCAACCCACUAAUUGCAAACCCCCGUAACUUCCGAGUCGUCAACAAGACAGUUAUGUUCGCUUCCGAAAGCCGCUCGCCUGCCGUCUUCGUUAUGCCGAUUGUCGUGCAGAGCUGUUCUUUGCUAGAACUGGCCUCUGUCAACCCAUAUGACCAGCAUCUUCGGCUUACAGGAUGGCUCUUCGAUGAAGUCUUCAGCCUCUUUUCUUCUUUUGUUGGGAGUCUUCUCAAAUUGGACACUGUUUACGCCUACAUGAACGGUUUCUGCCUUCAAUUUAGCUCUCGUCUUGCUAAGGCAGAUGAUGCCCGCUCUGCUCUUUCUGCUCCGAACACACCCCAGCGUACAUCCAUGGCAUCCAUGGCCUUCAAGCCCGCGGGUAGCGCCCAGAAUCGCGCUCGCCAAACGGCACCGUCGACGGCCAUGACAAGACGCUAUCCAUCUUCGGUCGCCUCAACUGAUACUGUUCCAAUCUACGAUGGGCGACUCAACCGCGGCAACUUUUGUUUCACUGAUCGUGACUGGGAUCAGCUGCCCUCAAUGAUACGCUAUGGCGUACCAAUGCCCGCUUCUGACGAGGCUCCCGAUAACAGCCUUGCGCAGGACUUGCCUGCCAGCAAACCUCACAAAUUCGUCGUCGCGCUCGUUGGGUUCACCAUGACCACAUUCAAUCCUAAACAAAAUCCUACCUCCACCGUUGCUUCGUUCAAUAUUCAGUUCUCUGUAGUUCUUGGUGCAUUCAAGUCACUUGAGAAACCUCGCAAAGUCACGAAGGAGUACAUUGAUCAAGUCCGAAAUAGUGUCUAG